UCAGAGUCAGAAGAUUCCUGCAGUGCAAUACUGAAGUAGUGUAACACUUUUCUGUCUGCUAACCUAAGCUUUUCAGCUGCCUGCCUACCUGUCGCACCCAUCAGGGACCCAUCUGACCUCAAAGCAUGAUGCUCACCAGGAAAGUUAUUCUUCUGUUCUCUCUGUUUGUCCUGCUUGUGAAGGGAGACUUCGACACCAGUGAUGUGGGAAGUCAAGCCAUAUCAACAGAUAAAGAUUCAUUGUCUGAUGAAGCUCCAACAGAGAGCAUGAACAUUGUCUCUCCUGACCAGACUGAUGAAUCCCAGUAUUACGCAGGAGGACCAUCGGACCCCAGGAUCACCAGUUCAGAGACAGCAGACACUCCAGCAGGAGAACAAGUUGCCGCUCCUGAGCCAGCUGCAGCUGCCCUAAGCAGUGCAGAGGAAGAGGAUGAGGAUGAAGGCAAUGAUUCGGAAGAAGGAGCAAAGAAAAAGUUCAACUCUCGUUCAGCCAAACCUCCAAGCUCCGCCCACGCCAACCAGAGCCCCGCCCACAUCGUUCAGGUCCCUGCCCUCCUGCCUCAGCCAGUCGCCCCCCAGCCGAAAACUUUGCCGAAGACCCGGUCGUCCAAGAGACGAUCCAGAACCAACCACCGCCAGAUAUAAUCAAAUUCACCAAACCCGUAAAAUGACCUUCAAAUAUAUAAUCUAUACCCCACAGAUUCAUUCAGAAACUGAUGUACUGCUUUGAACAAUGAAGGGGAAACAUUUGGUGCUUGGGUUUAUGUUCACCUUCAUUCUCAAAAGUUAAGAACCAGCUGAAUUAUUCAGUUUCCUAGGACAGUUAUAUUUGAACAAACACAGACCUCAGUCAGAUGUUUCUGGAACAAACAUGUCGCUUUAAUCACAGCUGUGAAGCAUGAAUGGAUUAACUUUUUCAUGCGUUUGGUUUUAAAGCCGAUAGUAACUACAGAUGAUAUAACUAAGAAAAAUGCUUUGUGACACUUUAAAUUCAGCAUUAGGGCUUGUUGUUUCAGAGACUCUCUGGACCCUGAUAUAUUUUAACCUUAUAAAUAAGGAUUUCGGCCUCUGGACUCCAGCAGACCUCAGAGUAUUAAAUCAAUAAACAUUUUUUUAUUAUUUGUAUUCUUAUGUAUGCUAUGAAACAUUUAAACAUGUCGCUUCCAUCUUUUGUUCCUUGUAUCAUAUUUUAAUAAAGGUAAACAGAACUUUU